AUGGGUGAUAACAAAGUUACCGACAAAUACGGAGAUGUUAUUCACCCCGGUGAUUAUGUGGGAACCAGGAUUCGCGGUGGAACGCAUGAAGGACCUGUGGAAGAGAUAAUCACAGACCAACAACGAGCGGCAGAGGUUGGUGUGAAGAAUCCGCCAAAGAUUCGCUUCCAGAACAAGGAUGGUAAAAUGGUAGCCCACAAUCCAGGUACCUUAGAAAUCGACGACACCUAA